AUGGCUGUUCCUGUUUCCACGAACGACUCCGUUUGUCUCGAAAGGAAAUUCCUGAAACACAUUCGCGACAACGUUCACGGCAACAUCUUCCUCGAGCCGAUCUUCUUGAAGUUUGUUGACACCGAACAAUUUCAAAGACUUCGUGAUUUGAAGCAACUUGGCCUAAGUCAUAUGGUUUACCCUGGGGCUGUACACUCUCGUUUUGAGCAUUCACUGGGCGUUUAUUGGCUGGCUGGCAAAGCUAUUGAUAUCAUUAAAAAAUACCAAGGCCCAGAGCUUGGUAUUGAACAUUAUGAUGUAUUGACAGUAAAACUUGCUGGAUUACUGCAUGAUGUUGGUCAUGGGCCCUUCAGCCACACUUUUGAGCGUGGGUUCCUUCCCCUGGUUCUUAAUGGCUCCACUUGGUCUCAUGAGGAAAUGUCUGUGAAAAUGAUUGAUCAUAUUGUUGAUCAACACAAUAUUGAUGUGGAUGCUGAACUCCUAAAAAAAGUGAAGGAAAACAAGUUCUUGUAUGAUAUUGUUGCAAAUGGUCGCAAUGGAAUUGAUGUUGACAAGUUUGACUACAUUGUUCGUGAUUCACGUGCUUGUGGCCUAGGGUGCAACUUUCAGCCUGAGAGAUUAAUGGAGACCAUGCAAGUUAUGGAUGAUGAAAUAUGUUAUCGUGCUAACGAUUAUCUGACAAUUCACAAGUUAUUUGCAACCCGAGCUGAUUUGCAUCGAACAGUCUAUACACAUGCAAAAGUAAAGGCAAUAGAAUUAAUGGUCGUAGAUGCACUGGUGAAAGCAAAUCCAUAUCUUGAUCUUGCAUCCUCAAUUUAUCAACCAUCUGACUUUUGGAAGUUAGAUGACUCAAUUCUUAAAAUAAUUGAAUCUUCUUCCGGGCAAGAGAUGAAGGAAUCCAGAGACUUGAUCCUACGGAUCCGCAGAAGGGAUCUAUACCAGUUCUGCAAUGAAUUUUCUGUUCCAAAGGAAAGACUGGAACACUUCAAAAGCAUAACACCCCAAGAUAUUGUUUGUUCCCAGACAAAUGGGGUUACUAUAAAAGAAGAUGAUGUCGUUGUGAGCAAUGUUAAAAUUGAUUUAACACGUGGAAGGGAAAACCCUCUUGAAAGAAUUAAAUUUUUCAAGGACUAUGAGAGCAAAGAAAAAUUUCCGAUCUCAGACGACCGCAUCAGUCAUUUGUUGCCAGCAUUUUACGAAGACGUACUAGUGAGAGUAUACAGUAAGAAGCCUGAGCUGGUGGAAGCUGUUUCUUCAGCCUUUGAAAAUUAUCAGAUUAAGACGUUCGGAAGGAAAGCACAAGUACACGGAACUCCUUCGAAGAAACGCCAUACGAAUGGAAUCCACUACUUGAACAAUCUUCAUCAUACGCCGUGA